AUGGACGAGCAGUUCACGCUUGAGCGCUCUGCGCCAAAAAAGAUCAUCGUGCCGGUGCUGCCGCCGAGUUUGGGGACUCAAGGUCAUACCAAAUGGACCCGGAGCGCAACCCGGGCUGGCCAAAACUACAGUGCAGACAACGCCGUAGCAAGUUUUCGUGACGGCACGGGAUGGACCAUCAUGGGCCGCCGUAGUCAUCGUAGUCGUAAAGACAUCAAGCUCAAGCUGGUCGCCGAGAAGCAUUUCAGAAAGCAGCUGAUGAUCUCAGUAGAGGGAGGCGGCCGUCACCAACAGUUCUCUGUCCCGGGCUGCUGCGAGUGCAGGCUGGACCUCCGGGACAUGGAUUGGCCUCAGCUCCUGGAACUGUUCAGGGUUGGGGGCAGGGGUUCUUUGACGACCUUCCGAAGGCCGCUGACAGAAAGCGGUGCCGAUGUGGACAUUGAGGCGGGUGGCAUGGAUCGCGAGCGUUCGCGCGAAGAACCAGGCACAUCGCCCAAGUCGAACAUGUCCCGGCUGCGGCCGGCGGCAGCCAGCGGACGCACGCAGAACAUGGGCAGGCAGAGGUCUGCUCAGACGGCUGGGGAGGCUUUGGUGGCUGCCGCCCUGUCGGGUGCGGGCCGGCGUUUGCCCGGCCUAGGCGCCACAUCUCGGCGAGCUCCUGCGACGAGGCAGACUGUCAAUGAGGUUCGGCGACAGCUGGAUGAGAAUUUGCAGAAAGAUGGAGAAUGCUAUGCCGUUUGCAUGGCUGGUGGUUUGGACUUGGCGAGCUUGGCAGAAGCGAGCGCGCCUACGACUGAGGUGGCACGUGCUUCGGCAGCAGCAGCGGCAGCGGGCCGCGAACUAUCGCAAUUGGAGUUACCCCCCGAGAUUCGAGGCGGCAGCCAGUCUUCGCUGGCUGGACCACGCCAGCUCGAUAAUGGCCUCGGAGGCGGGUUAGUGAGACACUUCGGCACGGGCGAGAACAUUGUUCUCCACUUGCAGUUCUUCGGACAGAAGGAUGUCUUUGCAUUUGGCUUUGGUUGCAUCGUCUGUUGGAGUCUGGAGCCAAACGAACUCGAUCAGAUCCGGGAUGCAAUGAAGCCGUUUCUGGUGCGGCCGCAAGAGAGGAGUGGCUUCGAGGAGGAGACAAUGAAUUUCCUCUUUAAGCGGAAAGACGAGGUGGAGGCAGAUGAUGGCGCAGAUGAUGGCGAUGAGCCAGCGCAGGAGGAGAAGCUCGCGCAUUCCUACGUGCCCUUGCUUGACUGGACGUUGCCAGUUCACGAAGUGCAGAAUUCCAGGCCCGAGGAUCCGGGUCGGAAUAAGGUCUCUCCGAUGUGGGGGAUGUUCCAGGAUAUCGACAUCCUACUGUUAUCCCAUUCGGAGUCCUACUGGUAUGAGCGGUUUGAGAAGAUCUACGUGGCCUGCCGAACAUACUUGGACAUCGACAAGCGAGUCGCACCUUUGCAGCAUUCAGAGAGCAAGGCAGAAAGGAUACGAUUCAUGAACCUUCUAUGCACCUCGUGGACAGAGUUCACGGUCACUUCGAAGAUUGUGGCACGGACGUCAGCUGAGGACAUCCUCAAUCAGCGUCUAGUCGUUCUCAAGGUGAGCCACGAGACGCGGCUCGAAUGGAUUGUCAUAAUAUUGAUCUUGGUCGAGGCAAGCGGGAUACACAUGUGUCCCUUUCCGACAGAAGACGGGAUGCUGACUGGAUGUGAAUGA